GUGUUAGACAACAGCACGCGGCAUCGGCAUUUUUGGCGGCCAUUACAACGAGUGGGAUACGACGGAGUGAGGCGCACAAAUUAAUGCAUAAACAAACGAAAAGGAAAUAGCAUACGCGCUGCCCCAGACAUCAAAAACCCACCGAAAGCACAACGAACAGCUCCGAAGAUGUCAUCGAGCGCUGCCAGGGUCUACAUCCAAGUCGAGAGCGAGGCCGAGCAGCAGGAGCACCUGAAGCAGCAACGCAAGACCCUGAAACCCUUGCAGGGCAACGUCAACGACAAGGAGAACCUUACUGGUUUAGGGCGCGCCUCCAUCGUGGAUCAGCUGAGUCGCCUGAAGGCCGGCGUCCAGGUCGCGCCUAAGUACGGCAAGCGCAAAUGCGUGGAUUCAGCCAGCGCUGCGACGAUAUCCACAAGGGACGCGGACACCCAGACCGAAGCGGAGGUCUCACCUCGCAGUGACGCCGACAAACCUAUCACGGCGGAAGAUCUCACCAGCGAGGCGGAGCCUGGAGAGAACUACUACAAGCUGCUGGCCGAACAGCGGCGACUGGCCCUGGAGGACUCGCUCAUCGAGAACCGACAUCUGCACGAGCGCAUUGAGGGACUGGAGGAGGAGAUGGACACAAUGCGCCAAGAACUGGACGAAGCCAAGAACUUGGUCGAAGUCCUCAAGGAAAUCUGCGACGAGGACAACAGCGAGGUCGAGGAGGACGAGGCUGCGGGCGACCAGGAAUAGGUCCCCGCUUUGGCAGAACACCAAUCACACGUUUUUUAGUUUAACGUUAUACAAUAAGUUGUAGUUAAAAAAUCGCUCAUAAAUUAUCCCUGUACGUCAGCUAACACAACGGACUGGUCUCAUUGUACGCCAGCAAUAUAUAUUUACUUGUUAUACGCCGGUUAUGAUCCCAAUAAACUUUUACAUUUGCUUAAACAA